UUAAAACAAAACAAAAAACAGUGAAUGAGUGGAGUUGCCAUAACCAUAACCCUUUCACCAUUCUCAUAGGAUACCAUACCAUACCCACAAACAACAACAAAAAACCCUCCUUUUUCUUUUCCUUUCUCUUUUCCCCACACUAUCUCUCUCUCUCUCUCUCUCUCUCUCUCUCUCUCUCUCUCUUAUACUUCAUUAUUGUGUUCUGAUCCUGCAUUUCACACCCCCAUCAACUUAGGAGAAGAAAUUAUGGAAACUAACUCAGUUUCCAAAUUUCUAUUUUUGUUUAUUUCCUUUGCAUUGUUCUUAGUUGUUUACUCUGAUGUUACCUAUGACAGAAAAGCUAUCAUUAUCAAUGGCCAAAGGAGAAUCCUUUUCUCUGGUUCCAUACAUUAUCCCAGAAGUACCCCUGAUAUGUGGGAAGAUCUGAUUCAGAAGGCUAAAGAGGGAGGUUUAGAUGUAAUUGAAACCUAUGUCUUUUGGAAUGUUCAUGAGCCUUCUCCUGGAAAUUACAAUUUUGAAGGAAGAAAUGACCUAGUGAGAUUUGUUAAGACAAUACAGAAAGCAGGACUAUAUGCUCAUCUUCGCAUUGGACCUUAUGUUUGUGCAGAAUGGAAUUUUGGAGGAUUCCCUGUUUGGCUUAAGUAUGUUCCAGGCAUAAGCUUUAGAACAGACAAUGAACCUUUCAAGAAGGCAAUGCAAGGGUUUACUGAGAAGAUUGUGGGAAUGAUGAAAAGUGAACAUCUCUAUGAAUCUCAGGGGGGCCCUAUUAUCCUAUCUCAGAUUGAGAAUGAGUAUGGGGCACAGAGUAAAUUAUUUGGAGCUGUUGGCUAUAAUUAUAUGAACUGGGCUGCAAAAAUGGCUGUUGAAAUGGGAACUGGGGUUCCAUGGGUGAUGUGCAAGGAAGAUGAUGCUCCAGAUCCAGUUAUAAACACUUGCAAUGGCUUUUACUGUGAUAAAUUUACUCCAAAUAAACCCUACAAGCCUACAAUGUGGACAGAAGCUUGGAGUGGCUGGUUUUCAGAAUUCGGAGGUCCGAUUCACCAAAGACCUGUUCAGGAUUUGGCAUUUGCAGUAGGCCGAUUUAUACAAAAAGGAGGAUCCUUUGUAAACUACUACAUGUAUCAUGGAGGAACCAAUUUUGGACGCACAGCUGGAGGCCCUUUUAUCACUACCAGCUAUGACUAUGAUGCUCCACUAGAUGAAUAUGGUUUGAUUAGGCAACCAAAGUAUGGUCAUCUAAAGGAGCUUCAUAAGGCUAUCAAGAUGUGUGAACGAGCUUUAGUUUCAUCCGAUCCAGUUGUUACCUCACUAGGAAACUUCCAACAGGCUUCUGUGUACUCUACAGAAUCUGGAGAUUGUGCUGCUUUUCUCGCAAACUAUGACUCCAAAUCAUCUGCUAGAGUGAUGUUCAACAAUAUGCACUACAAUUUACCUCCUUGGUCCAUCAGCAUCCUCCCGGAUUGUAGAAACGCUGUUUUCAACACGGCAAAGGUUGGAGUGCAAACAUCUCAGAUGCAAAUGUUGCCUACAAAUACUCAGAUGUUCUCAUGGGAGAGUUUCAAUGAAGAUACUUCUUCUCUAGAUUACAGCUCUUCAACUACAAUCACUGCUUCUGGUCUCUUGGAACAGAUAAACGUAACACGGGAUACAAGUGAUUAUCUUUGGUAUAUAACUAGUGUUGAUGUUGGUUCAUCCGAAUCCUUUCUCCGUGGAGGUAAACUCCCCAGUAUCAUUGUUCAGUCCACUGGCCAUGCUGUGCAUGUUUUUAUCAACGGUCAACUUUCUGGUUCUGGCUAUGGAACGAGGGAAGAUAGGAGAUUCAGAUAUACCGGCAUUGUAAAUCUUCGUGCUGGAACAAACACUAUAGCUUUGCUCAGUGUUGCUGUUGGACUUCCAAACGUCGGUGGACAUUUUGAGACUUGGAACACAGGAAUCCUAGGUCCAGUUGUUCUCCAUGGACUUGAUCAGGGAAAGUUGGACAUGUCUUGGCAGAAAUGGACUUACCAGGUUGGGCUGAAAGGAGAGGCCAUGAAUCUUGCAUCUCCAUAUGGUAUCUCUUCUGUAGAGUGGAUGCAGUCAGCGUUAGUUGUACAAAAAAAUCAGCCACUGACAUGGCACAAGACUUUUUUCGAUGCUCCUGAAGGAGAAGAGCCGUUGGCAUUGGACAUGGACGGUAUGGGUAAAGGUCAAAUAUGGAUUAAUGGGGUAAGUAUUGGAAGAUACUGGACUGCUUCAGCUACUGGUAGUUGCAAUGGCUGCAGCUAUGCUGGGUCAUUUAGACCUCCAAAGUGCCAGCUUGGUUGCGGUGAACCAACCCAACGAUGGUACCAUGUACCACGAUCAUGGUUGAAGCCAAAUCAUAAUCUGUUGGUUGUUUUUGAGGAACUUGGAGGAGACCCUUCAAAAAUUUCAUUAGUAAAGAGAUCAGUGAGUAGUGUGUGUGCUGAUGUAUCAGAGUACCACCCAAAUAUUAAGAAUUGGCACAUUGAUAGCUAUGGGAAAUCAGAAGAGUUCCAUCCACCAAAAGUUCAUUUGCAUUGCAAUCCUGGCCAAGCUAUCUCUUCUAUUAAAUUUGCAAGCUUUGGAACUCCUCUGGGAACUUGUGGAAAUUAUGAACAAGGAGCUUGCCAUUCUUCUGCAUCCUAUGCCAUCUUAGAGAAGAAAUGUAUAGGAAAGCAAAGAUGCAUAGUAACUGUAUCAAACAGUAACUUUGGUCAAGACCCGUGUCCGAAUGUGUUGAAGCGGUUAUCAGUUGAAGCUGUUUGCGCUCCAUCUACUACCACCAAUUAAAGGGACUGAUUGGUUAUCAAAGCACCAUUUUUAAGUGUAAUUUGAAGUCACUUAUUAACCAGGAAAGUUGAAAGAAAAAUAAGCGGAGAAUAGGUAAAGUGAGUGCCAUAGUAUUGUUUAGGGGAGUAAGUAGCUUGUUAUAAUGUUGUGCCAAAGGCACAUGGUUUUUAAUUUAAUUUAAUUUAGUUGUGUUAAAAUUAGUCAUUGUUCUAUAUUCAUUCAAGAGUCUAAAAAAUUGGACCCUUGUGAGUGUGAAUUUGGAGUUCUAGUACCCAGCCUAUGUGUUUUAGUCGGCUAUGGGCACUAGAAAGAAAGGCAAUUUCACUUGUAUGGUGUGUUUUCAUUUGUUUGAUUGGAGUAAAUUAAACUCCAAAUUAGGUUCAAGUUAGGAGCGGAUCCUAAUAUAACCAUGAUGUUUGUUGGAAGUUCACUAUUCUGUGCA